AUGAAUAGAGGGUUUAUUGUGAAUUAUUGGACGCUUUGCAUAGUUAUCCUAGUAAGUUCAAUCAAACUUUUAUCUACUUCAGAAAGUUGUGGUGUGACUUUCAUCGAUUAUUUUAAUUGGAAGCAGGAUGGAGUGAAUGAGAUGAAGUUCUUCAAUCAAAUGGUAUGGCAAUCAAUUGGUGAAGUAAGAAGUGGUAAAGAAACUUUGGAACUCAAUUGUACUGAAAUUUCAGUUAAUUGCUCAGAUCCUGCACAAUUGGUAUUCAUCGUUCCCAAUACAACUAGUUUGGUGGUGUUCAAGUCACAAUCACCCCACGAGUUUACCAAGAAAGAUCUCCUCAUUCAACAAACUGAUGUAACUAGAGAAAAUUUCUUUCUAGACUCAAUUGAAUUGUCAUCAUAUAAAUAUUUUAAAGAAAUUGAUACUCAUUUCGAUGCAAGAUUUUAUAAGAAAUCUGAUUUCUCCACAUACGAAAGAAUUGCCAGUUUACAUAAAUUAACCAGAUCAUGGUUGAAAUUUUCCAAUUCCAUAAAUCUCAAUUCCUGGUUAUCUCAUGGAACUUUACUAGGUUGGUAUUGGAAUAAAAUGAAUCUUCCUUGGGAUAAUGAUCUCGACAUACAAUUACCCAUUCGGGAAUUUGAGAAUCUUUUGUCAUUCAAUCAAUCGUUGAUUUUUGUUGAAGGGACUUACUUAUUGGACCUAAACCCUCAUUGGACUGAUAGAAAUGAUAGCUUGAAUAAUAUAGAUGGAAGGUUCAUUGAUAUCGAAACAGGAUUUUACGUGGAUCUAACCACACUAGCUUUCACGGAUAAUCACAACCUUACCAAUUCAAUUGAAUUCAAGAGGUUUUUGGAUGAUGAAUUUCUAGAAAAAGAAGGAUCCACCACCAUAAUCAAACUGGAAUUAAAUAAAUCUUUAGAACGAGAGAAACUCCAAUUACAUAAAGCUCAAAAUAUGUUCAAUUGUAAAGAUAAUCACUAUUACAAAUUUGAAGAAUUAUUCCCACUAAAGCAAACAACUUUUGAAGGUGUUGAAGCUUGGGUACCCAGAAAAUAUAAAACGAUUCUUCUUAGAGAAUAUAAUAAAGGAAUCUAUUCCACUUAUUUCAAUGGCUUCAGUUAUGAUAAAGUCAAAAGACUUUGGAUUUCUGAAAAAUGUGAUAAAACUUGUAAAAUAGAAACAGACAUAAGAUACGACUUAACGAAAAAUGCAACAUCAUUGUAUUAUAAUUUGUAUGGAAAUCCCUGGAUGAUUUCAGAAUAUAAGAAAAGGUAA